AUGACGGGCACCGUCACCCGCACCGAGGCGGUCGCGUGCGACCGCGGAGAUCUCUCCACCGGCAUCGUGCACUUCGGCGUCGGCGGUUUCCACCGCUCGCAUCAGCAGGCGUACACCGACGACCUCCUGCGUCAGGACUUUGACGCGGCGAAGGACUGGUGCUACACCGGCGUGGGCGUCCUCGAGUGGGACGCCAAGAUGCGCGACUACCUCAAGAACAACGACUGGCGCUACCCCAUCGUCGCGCGCGAGGGCACCGACGUCGACGCCAUGGACAUGCACGUCCACGAGGUUUGCACCCUCCGCGACAUGCUCCUGUCCUUUGAAGAUCCCGCCGCCGUGGUCAGGCUCCUCGCGGCGCCCUCCACCAAGAUCGUCUCGCUGACCAUCACCGAGUACGGCUACCGCGUCCCCCUCAACGAGGGCGACCACAAGCUCCUCGAGCUCGCCAACCAGGGCGUCCUCGACGACCCCGAGCUCUCCAUGCCCGAGUCCAUCGACGCCGCGUGCGCGAAAGCCACGGUUUUUGGCCUCAUCCUCGCCGCGCUCGCGGCGCGUCACCGCCUCGGCCGCCGGCCCUUCACCGUGAUGUCCUGCGACAACCUUCCCCACAACGGCGAGGUGGCCAAGAGGCGCGUCAUCAACGCCGCGCGAGACGCCCCCGAGUGCGACGAAUCGCUGUGCGCGUGGCUCGAGGAUGAGGUCAAGUACCCGAGCACCAUGGUGGACCGCAUCACCCCCGCGACGUCCCCUGCGGACAUCGCCGACCUCAAGGAGCGCGCCGGCAUCGACGACGCGUGGCCGGUGAUGUGCGAGCCGUACAAGCACUGGGUCAUCGAGGAUGAUUUCGUCGACGGCGCGAGGCCCGCGUGGGAGCGAGUGGGCGCGCUGCUCGUGCCCGACGUGCGACCGCACGAGCUCAUGAAGGUUCGCCUCCUCAACGUCACGCACAGCGCCAUGUGCUACGUCGGCGCGCUCGCGGGACUGACGCACGUCCACGAGGCUGUCACGCACAAGAUGAUCAAGCCCUUCCUCAGGCGGCUGAUGACGGAGGAGAUCGCGGCUUCGCUCGUCGCGGAUCCCACCAUGCCCGGCGAACUCCUCGCCGUGCUGGACGAGUACGUCGACCUGGUGCUCUCGCGGUUCGAGAACGUCGCCGUCAAGGACACCUUGGACCGCGUCGCCAUGGACGGCAGCGAAAAGUUCAGGGUGCAGGGCCGCGAGGUGAUCAUGGAGAGGCUGGCGCGCGAGGGGACGGUGCGAGGUUUCGCGUUGUACGUCGCGGCGUGGGCGCACUUUCUCCGGCAAAAAGUGCGGGACGGCGAGAAGAUCAAGGACGCCUCCGCCGGGCUCGUCACGGCGCCGUGGGAGAUGGACAAGGAGAACAUCGGGGCCAUCGGGGCCACGGUUGGUCUGGAGGCUUUCCUCGACAUCGAGGAAAUCUUCGGCGUGCUCGCGCGCCACGAGGGCUGGCGCGAAGCCGUCAAGCGGGAGUUCCUCGACAUCGACCAGGCGGGUCUGGAGGCGACGCUGCUGGGCGCCAUCUUCGGCGUGGGUCACAACAGCAACGCGGAUCUGUCCAGCCUGGAGCGCGCGAGGGAGAGGGCGAGCGGGACGUUUGCGCUGGACGAGACGUGCGUGGCGGAUACCAUCGAGACGGAUGAGUGGCGCGCGGACGACGAGGCGGCGGUUUUCGUCUCGCUCGAGGCGUGAUUCUCGUUCGACUUGACUCGAGGGGCCUUCGAGUGCACCUGCGACGCAUCGACGAUACGAUGAUGGGGGGCGACGCGACGCGGACACAAAGCCUGUCCGGCGGCUGUCGUCACCCCACCGGGGCUAUACGCAUACAAAACGAUCCGAACGAGCGAUCGACGAUUUACUACUGUACCUAUGGAUGGGAUAUUACCCUUACCACACGAUUCUUUUUAGAACACGAAGUUUUGAAUUCAAAUUGCACUGCUGCAUUCUUCACA